GAACACCCAUUGGUGAGUGGGGCGGGGCAGGAGGGAGCUGAAGAGUGAGAAAGCCAUUAUUUCAGCAAAAGGUUUUUCCUCCUUCUCUCAGUCCUCGAACCGCUGGCUCAGCCUCUCCGCCCACCACCUGUGAACGAUGCAAUGGAAGGUGUGCUGCGGACGCCCCGUGUCCCGUGCAUAGGAACAUCUCAGCCUCCAGGUCCUCUCCUUCCGGGCUCACGGCACCCCCAUGCUACGAACCGCAGGCAGGGACGGCCUCUGUCGCCUGUCCGCCUACUUGGAAGAACUCGAGGCUGUGGAGCUGAAGAAGUUCAAGUUAUACCUGGGGACUGCAACAGAGCUGGGAGAAGACAAGAUCCCCUGGGGACGCAUGGAGAUGGCCAGUCCCCUGGAAAUGGCCCAGCUGCUCAUCACCCACUUUGGGACAGAGGCGGCUUGGAGGUUGGCUCUCAGCACCUUUGAACGGAUGAACAGGAAGGACCUGUGGGAGAGAGGACAGAGAGAGGACCUGGUGAGGGAUACCCCACCUGGUGGCCCGUCCUCACUUGGGAACCAGUCAACAUGCCUUCUGGAAGUCUCUCCUGUCACUCCAAGAAAAGAUCCCCAGGAAGCCUACAGAGACUAUGUCCGCAGGAGAUUCCGGCUCACGGAAGACCGCAAUGCGCGCCUAGGGGAAUGUGUCAACCUCAGCCACCGGUACACCCGGCUCCUGCUGGUGAAGGAGCACUCAAACCCCAUGCAGGCCCAGCAGCAGCUUCUGGACAUAGGCCGGGGACACGCGAGGACCGUGGGACACCAGGCCAGCCCCAUCGAAAUAGAGACCCUCUUUGAACCAGACGAGGAGCGCCCCGAGCCACCACGCACUGUGGUCAUGCAAGGCGUGGCAGGGAUAGGCAAGUCCAUGCUGGCACACAAGGUGAUGCUGGACUGGGCGGACGGGAAGCUCUUCCAAGGCAGAUUUGAUUAUCUCUUCUACAUCAACUGCAGGGAGAUGAACCAGAGUGACACGGAAUGCAGCAUGCAAGACCUCAUCUCCAGCUGCUGGCCCGAGCCCAGCGCGCCUCUCCAGGAGCUCGUCCGAGUUCCCGAGCGCCUCCUUUUCAUCAUCGACGGCUUCGAUGAGCUCAAGCCUUCUUUCCACGAUCCUCAGGGACCCUGGUGCCUCUGCUGGGCGGAGAAACGGCCCACGGAGCUGCUUCUUAACAGCUUAAUUCGGAAGAAGCUGCUCCCUGAGCCAUCUUUGCUGGUCACCACGCGGCCCACGGCUUUGGAGAAGCUCCACCGUCUGCUGGAGCACCCCAGGCACGUGGAGAUCCUGGGCUUCUCUGAGGCAGAAAGGAAGGAGUACUUCUACAAGUAUUUCCACGACACAGAGCAGGCGGGCCAAGUCUUCAAUUAUGUGAGGGACAACGAGCCUCUCUUCACCUUGUGCUUCGUCCCCCUGGUGUGCUGGGUGGUGUGUACCUGCCUCCAGCAGCAGCUGGAGGGUGGGGGGCUGCUGAGACAGACAUCCAGGACCACCACGGCGGUGUACAUGCUCUACCUGCUCAGUCUGAUGCAACCCAAGCUCAGGACCGCACGCCUCCAGCCCCCACCCAACCAGAGAGGGUUGUGCUCCUUGGCGGCAGAUGGGCUCUGGAACCAGAAAAUCCUAUUUGAGGAGCAGGACCUUCGGAAGCAUGGCCUAGAUGGGGCGGAUGUCUCUGCCUUCCUCAACAUGAACAUCUUCCAGAAGGACAUUAACUGUGAGAGGUACUACAGCUUCAUCCACUUGAGCUUCCAGGAAUUCUUUGCAGCUAUGUACUAUAUCCUGGAUGACGGGGAGCGUGGGGCAGGCCCAGACCAGGACGUGAUCAGGCUGUUGACCGAGUAUGGGUUUUCUGAAAGGAGCUUCCUGGCACUCACCAUCCGCUUCCUGUUUGGACUCCUGAACGAGGAGACCAGGAGCUAUCUGGAGAACAGUCUAUGCUGGAAGGUAUCACCGCACAUCAAGAGGGAACUGUUGCAGUGGAUCCGAAGCAAAGCUCAGAGCGACGGCUCCACCCUGCAGCAGGGCUCCUUGGAGUUCUUCAGCUGCUUGUAUGAGAUCCAGGAGGAGGAGUUUAUCCAGCAGGCCCUGAGCCACUUCCAGGUAAUCGUGGUCAGCAACAUCGCCUCCAAGAUGGAGCACAUGGUCUGCUCCUUCUGUGUGAAGAACUGCAGGAGCGCCCAGGUGCUGCACUUGUAUGGCGCCACCUACAGCGCUGACGGGGAAGACCGGGCGAGGUGCUCUGCAGGAGCGCACACACUGCUGGUGCAGCUCCGGGACCACAGGAGUGUAUCGUGCCACUGCACUCCAGCCUGGGUGGCAGAGAGACUCUGUCUCAGGGAAAAAAAAAAAAAAAAAGCAAAAGAAAACAAUCCACAAAACUGGUGCAAAGGACAUGACCAGCUCCUUUCUCCUCUUUUCCACCCCAGGCUGAAGAGGUGCCGCAUCUCCAGCUCAGCCUGUGAGGACCUCUCUGCAGCUCUCAUAGCCAAUAAGAAUUUAACAAGGAUGGAUCUCAGUGGCAAUGGUGUUGGAUUCCCAGGCAUGACGCUGCUUUGCGAGGGCCUGCGGCAUCCCCAAUGCAGGCUGCAGAUGAUUCAGUUGAGGAAGUGUCAGCUGGAGUCCGGGGCUUGUCAAGAGUUGGCUUCUGUGCUCAGCACUAACCCACAUCUGGUUGAGUUGGACCUGACAGGAAAUGCACUGGAGGAUUUGGGCCUGAGGUUACUGUGCCAGGGACUGAGGCACCCAGUCUGCAGACUACGGACUUUGUGGCUGAAGAUCUGCCACCUCACUGCUGCCGCCUGUGAAGAGCUGGCCUCAACUCUCAGUGUGAACCACAGCCUGAGAGAGCUGGACCUGAGCCUGAAUGAGCUGGGGGACCCCGGGGUGCUGCUGCUGUGUGAGAGUCUCAGGCAUCCCACGUGCAAGCUCCGGACCCUCCGGUUGGGCAUCUGCCGGCUGGGCUCUGCCGCCUGUGAGGGUCUUUCUGUGGUGCUCCAGGCCAACCACCACCUUCGGGAGCUGGACUUGAGUUUCAACGACCUGGGAGACUGGGGCCUGUGGUUGCUGGCUGAGGGGCUGCAACAUCCCACCUGCAGACUCCAGAAACUGUGGCUGGAUAGCUGUGGCCUCACGGCCAAGGCUUGUAAGAAUCUUUACUUCACCCUGGGGAUCAACCAGACCUUGACCGAGCUUUAUCUGACCAACAACGCCCUAGGGGACACAGGUGUCCGACUGCUUUGCAAGCGGCUGAACCAUCCUGGCUGCAAGCUCCGAGUUCUCUGGUGAGGGAUGAUGACCAGUUCUUUCUGGAGGAGGCUGGACAUUGGGCUGGGUGCAUGAGGGUAGAUAAGCUGGAUGGACAAAUACUUUCUGCACUGGUGUGUGCAAUUAGGGGGCACACAGAUGAGGCCAAAUAUGACCUAUGUCGUCUACCGGCUGUGUGACCUUGGAUGAUUUCCU